GCGGAUGGUACGCUCCGGUAAGCCUGGCCGGGCUGCAGUGGAUGUUGCUAGAAUCCACGCGGAGGAAGGAAGAGACGCAGGCAGGCUGCGGUGACCCAAGCGGCCACCCCUACUUCAGGGACCCCUUCCUUGAGAGAGGACACCAUGACCCAGGGAAAGCUCUCUGUGGCUAACAAGGCCCCCGGGACUGAGGGGCAGCAGCAGACAAAUGGCGAGAAGAAGGAGGCUCCGGCAGUGCCCUCAGCACCGCCCUCCUAUGAGGAGGCCACCUCUGGAGAUGGGCUGAAGGCGGGGCCCUUCCCCCAGGGCCCCACGGCUGUACCUCUCCAUCCAAGCUGGGCCUAUGUGGACCCCAGUAGCAGCUCCAGCUACGAAGGCGGAUUCCCCACAGGAAACCAUGAGCUCUACAGCACCUUCAGCUGGGAUGACCAGAAGGUUCGCCGGCUCUUCAUCAGAAAGGUCUAUACCAUCCUGUUGGUCCAGCUGCUGGUGACCUUGGCUGUCGUUGCUCUCUUUACCUUCUGUGACGUUGUUAAGGACUACAUUCAGGCCAACCCAGGCUGGUACUGGGCAUCCUAUGCCGUGUUCUUUGCAACUUACCUGACUCUGGCUUGCUGCUCUGGACCCAGGAGACACUUCCCUUGGAACCUGAUUCUGCUGGCCAUCUUUACCCUGUCCAUGGCCUAUCUCACUGGGAUGCUGUCCAGUUACUACAACACCACAUCUGUGCUGAUGUGCCUGGGCAUCACGGCCCUUGUCUGCCUCUCAGUGACCAUCUUCAGCUUCCAGACCAAGUUUGACUUCACCUCCUGCCAAGGUGUGCUGUUCGUGAUGCUCAUGACCCUGUUCUUCAGCGGACUCCUCUUGGCCAUCCUCCUGCCCUUCCAAUACGUUCCCUGGCUCCACGCCAUCUACGCCGUGCUAGGAGCGUGCGUCUUUACGUUGUUCCUGGCUCUUGACACUCAGAUGCUCAUGGGGAACCGCCGCCACUCCCUGAGUCCCGAGGAGUAUAUUUUUGGCGCCCUCAACAUUUAUUUAGACAUUAUCUAUAUCUUCACCUUCCUCCUGCAGCUUUUUGGCACCAGUCGGGAAUGAGGAGCCCUCCCCAUCCCUACCUUCCUCCGGAGAAUGUCCCUUCCCUGUCCUGUGACCCUCUCUGUACUCCUGCAAAACCAGACAUAAACGCGCUGCGGCCAGCCUGUAAACAGCCGCGCUCUCCUGCAGCCAGCCCCCACCUCGACCUCUGCGGCUUGUACAUAUGCCAUCCUCGGGGGCCUACAGAUCUGAGGCCACAGCAUCCCCUGUGGUGCCCCUGGCACCCAAUUCCAUCUUCCAAAUGGAACAGUCAAGGCUGAGGGCGUCUCUGGAUUUGCAGACCUGGGAAAUGAGUGGGAGGAAGCCCCUCAGAGAUGGGAAGGAGACCCCAGAAAACCUGGCUGAGGCUGUGACCCCACUGAGUCUUUCGGGGCUUCACUUUCUCUUUCAGGCUGAGCAACCACGAUUUGUAAGGAAAAAGGCUGAGGGACGUGGCUGGGACCUGAGGACAGGGCACUGUGGUGGGGGGCAAAGCUGUCCCAGGCUGUUCCUCUCUCAGCUGUUAGGGCCGGGAGCUUGUUCUAAGGUCCUGGACAAUAUGAAAGGAGUGGGAUGCUCCCAUUACUUGCCUCAGUUUACCCUCCUGGGUCAUAGGAUGGGGGCGGGGGGUGUGUGCCCAAGUGUGGGCCUGUCCUGAGCUCCCAGGCAGGGGACGGCAAGUGAGCUGGCUGGGAGGACUGGAGGGGGGCAAUCCAUCACACGGCAUCCACCGGGAAGGCCUGUGGGAAUGAAUGAAUGCAGGACGAACAACCAUCUUUCUUUCCACCCCGUGAUGUUCCCACAGGCCUGAGGGGGAAGUGAGGUGGGGAGGCCUGGUGGAAGCCGUUCUAGCUGCUGGACCAGCCCUCACCAGGGGCUGUCCUCUAGUCCAGCCUUCCACACCUAUUUCCUAAGCCUUUCCCAUCUUCUGCUACAUCCCGUCUUAUCUCCAGUCAGGCCUCCCGAGGCCCUAGGAGUUGAGGUACCCAUGUAUGUCCCUUCCCCCAGCCUCCCUGGCCACUCAGCCCAGAGUGCCUGGACCCUUGGCCCUUAUCUCCACAUCUCUGUAAUUUGGAAACUGCCCAGCUAAUGGUCACAGCCAGGGCCAGUCCCUUGAGCCUGUCCCAUGUGCUGAAGCCAGAGCUCCUUAUCGGCCUCCAGGCGGCUGGGAUCUCAGGCAGAGUGUGCGUCAGCCACCCUGCCCUGGCUGAGUGCCUGCUGGAGAGGGGACCAGGGGGCCACACCUGGGGCAGCAUGCAGCCCACAUAUACACAUGGCCAGCUCCAGGCCAGUGGAAAGUUACUGGGUGGAGGCGUGGAGGCCCUGUGGCUGUAGGGGGCUCUGUCUGUCCCCAGGAAAGGGGACUAGGUAGCUUAUCCAUUCCCGUCCCUGCCCCUCCCCGCCCUUCCUACUUGCAGCCUUCAAGAAACAGUGCAGACGCAUUUGAAAUUGUGUUCUAGCUUGGAUAUUUGAGAAGGGAAGUAAUCAAGAACCGGAGGGGCGUGGUAUGUGAGGGGCAGUUGGGGUGAGUCUUGGUCCAAAGGCGCCCACUGCUGCAGUCCAGAAAUGGGGUCCUGCAACGGUGAUCAGCAUAGCCCAUUGCAGAGGCAAAGCCAAGUGGCUCAGAAAGGCUUGGUGACAAGUCCAUUGUCAUCUAGUAAACCUGGGGGUCAGCCCACAGCUGCUUCACUCAGGGGUCCCUCCAGUGUGAGUCGGGGCUGGAUUGAGAGUUGUGGAGCCCACAGAUGUGGGUGGUCAAGCCCUGGCAUCUCUAGGGGUUUGUUAUCCCCCCACCCGCCAUGUCACCCAGCCUAGCACUCCAAGAUGCUGAACUGAGGUUUUUACCCCCUGGAAGUCAGCUGGGGGGGGGGGCAGGAUUCCUGGCUUCUGAUCUGGCCUGGCUGCCCACGGACUUGUGUUUUGUCCCCAACCAGUGCCAGUGUGGUGCAGGGAGAGGCACCAGGACACUUGCACUGAUUUCCUCCUCUAGUUCCCCACCUGGAGUGCCUGUGCUAAUCUCUGGCUUCAGUUCUAGAAAGGUUUGGGGCCCCUCCCCCACUGACCUGCCACCCUCACACUGGCCAGUUUCCCAGAAUCCACUUGUCCAAGUCCUCCUCUUCUGGGAUAAUCUAUGCAAGAGACUGAAGGUUGAGAAAUUUUUCCAAGGCUAAGUUCCAAAAAAAUUGGGGGGCGGGAGGGGGAGAGGGGCAAGCCCUCAACCAUAAAUAAUGUGACCCGGGCGGGCACCAGCCACAGUGAUCUCAAGGAUGGUGGAGGAGGUGGGGGAGGCCCAGCAGGGUUCACUUCAGCCUGCCACCCAGCCCGCAGCUGAACGGGCAGGGGGGUGCAGAGGAAGCCCUGGCGUCGACCCCUGAUGGAGCAGUGAGGAGACCCAGGAACACCUGGGUGGGUCUUGGCAGGAGGAAGGGCGGGGAUAAGAAUGCAGGAUUAUGAGGAACGUGGGAUUAUAAGAAACCGAAGCUGGGCAGGUGCGGCACGCAGUGAAGGAGGAAGGACUCCCACUGGCCCCUCGCAUUUUUAGCUUGGGUGGGGCCGGACCUAUGACGGGGUAAGUUGGAUUUCCUAAGGUUAGAGGGAGCCAGGAAUCUAUCUGUGAUGAGAGUCCCCUGAGGUACCGUGGCAGAUACGGAGGUCCCAGGAGGGAGUAGCCACAUUAAAUCCCCACACCAAUUCCUGGGGCCGUGUAUAGCUCUUCUGGUGUAGCCCGAGGAAGCCACAAGAUUAAGAAUCCUGGUUCUUCCAUUCCAUACCGUUUCUCCUGUGGGAGUCAGGGUCCCUCAAGCACCCUCAUUUCAAAAGGUUGAGAGUGGGGUGGCAAGUUGGGAAUUUUCCACAAGGACCUUGCUGCCCCCUUCUGGCUGUUAGAGGAAAAGCAGAGUCUGGCUUUUCAGAGAAAGAAUCCAUCGCUGGUGACAGUGGCGAGGGGCAGGACUUAGGGCCCCUAUCCUGAGUCGUCCCCACCCCCACCCCCAGUGUCAGAGGACAGAGAUCUAUCUGCCACACACCCAGACACCGCUGCCCUUUUGGCCUCAGUUCCCACGGGCUCCCCAGGGUCCCCUGUGUGCCCUUCUCUGACCUCACCUGCUCAGGACGUGUGACUGAUUGGAAAUGAGAAUAAAAGCAUUUACUAAGACACCUGAA